GGCCACCCACCAGUGUCCUUCCCCGACCGGAAGCGAGCUCUGCGGCCCGGUCUAUCUCGAAGCAGCGCCCUCGGAGCGCCCGGAGGUCGGGAUCGGGCGGUCUCUGGGCGCCAUGGCGGCCGUCGCGGCCCUGCGGCUCUUGCGGGCGCAGGUGCCUGGCUGGCUUCGGCGCGGCCCGUGCGCCCCUCUCCCUGCCGGCUUCUGCACCCGGGGGUCGGCGUCGGCGGCCGGGCGGCAGGAGCCGGAGCCGCGUCCCACGGUCGCACGGCAGCGGGACGGCAUCAGCCGCUCUUCCCAGCUCCGAAGUCGCCCUGGAGGGAAGGCCAGCGUGGCACUGCGUGCAGGGAACAUCAUCUUGAGCAAUCCCAAGAAGAGGAACGCACUUUCGCUCGCAAUGCUGACAUCGCUCCAGAAUGACAUUCUUCACGAGGCCGACAGCAAAGAUCUGAGAGUCAUCAUAAUUUCAGCUGAGGGGCCCGUCUUUUCUUCUGGGCACGACUUGAAGGAACUGACAGAAGAACAAGGCCGGGAUCAUCAUGCCGAAAUAUUUCAAACCUGCUCCGAGGUCAUGAUGCUGAUCCGGAACCACCCCGUCCCAGUCAUUGCCAUGGUCAACGGCCUGGCCACGGCCGCCGGGUGUCAGCUGGUUGCCAGCUGCGACAUCGCCAUAGCCAGCGACAAGUCGUCUUUUGCCACGCCUGGGGUGAACAUUGGGCUCUUCUGCUCCACCCCUGCGGUUGCUUUGGGGAGAGCAGUGCCUAGAAAGGUUGCCUUGGAGAUGCUUUUCACCGGGGAGCCCAUUUCCGCCCAGGAGGCCUUACUCCACGGGCUGCUCAGCAAGGUGGUGCCGGAGGAGCAGCUGGAAGAAGAGACCAUGAGAAUAGCUAGAAAGAUCGCCUCCUUGAGCCGGCCCGUGGUAUCUCUAGGCAAGGCCACCUUCUACAAGCAGCUGCCCCAGGACCUUAGAACGGCCUACUACCUUGCCUCCCAGACCAUGGUGGACAACCUGGGCCUGCAGGAUGGGCAGGAAGGAAUCAAAGCCUUCAUCGAGAAGAGAAAACCCGUCUGGUCUCCCUGAGUCGGCAUCAGCAGAGGAGCGGAGGAGGGGAUAGCGCCCCCUUGCGUCUCCCUCACAUCCCCACCCACCACCACUGCGGCCUCCCGAUCGUAGCCAAAGGUGGCCUGCCCUGGUGACGUUGACAGUGGCUGCACGGCGUGUGGCAUGGAUGGACAGCCAUUCUGCUCAUUGCAGUGGUGGGCCCGGGAGCACCAGCAGGGAGCCGGCUAUGCACACAGCCUGGUAUUGGCUAGACAUGUCACAGAAGCUCACGCGCAGGGACCCCCUUCCCUGGAGAGAGGGAGGGAGUAGCUGGGGCAUGAGGGCGUGACGCCAGCCUGACUCAGGCCAGAAAUGACCUCCAAGGAAGAAGUCAAUUCCACUUGCUCAAGCGAGGCGAAUUGUUUCCAGUCUCCACGAGAUUCUCUCCACGUUGAAAAUCCUCUCGAUUCUACUGGGGAAUAAUCAUGCCUAUGGCUUUGGAAUCAUCUUACAGGAUUCAAAUAGACAGUAUUUGUAGCAGCUGGUCAUUUUAUCUUCCCAGACUAUAAGCUGUCUAAGAAAAAAAAAUUAGCUCUUCCUUUGCGUGCCCACUCUGAUGGACACAUGCGGGAUCAUCACAGAAUGAAAAAAAACAAUGUGUACUAUUUUUAAAAAAUCCAUGCAUUGAUUUCAAAAAAAUUUUUGCAACAAAAUAAACACAUCCUUUAAUUCCUCUUG